CCUAACUUCCAAACCUAGGUCUCUUUCACCAAAAGCCACUCUCAAAACAGCAUCUGAAGCGGCGCCUAAUGUAAGCGCCAAUCACAGUUUCCACGAGGCAUUUGCAUUGUUAACCAGGACUGGCACAGGAAGAGAAGAGAAACCGCCGGAAUUCUCAGAGCCGGGCUAUGGGCGUCGUCAGUGAGCAGGGGGAAGGGACUGUCUUCAGGAGUCCUUGCUGCCUGAGAAUCUCUGUCCCCCAGAGUUCCGCGGGAAGGGGGCGCCUUGGACCAAACAGCUGCAGAUGGGGACAGGAGACCGUCCAGGCAGACACCCUAUCGGGCUGGAAACUUCAUUAAGUAUUUACACGAGAAUUCAGGCUCCCCCUUGCUCAGGGCAGGGUCCUGUGACUCAGCACAAGAAGUCCAGCGGGAGGUAGGAUCUGAGAGGCUUCUGAGGGGCUGAUGCAGUGACUUCUCUGCCACAGCGUCUCCACCGCCUGCUGCUGCUGCUGCGGGUCAGCCAUGUGGGCGCUGACGACCCUCCUGCUCCUGGCUCCAAGCAGCGGACAAGCUGCUGCUCUGGAGAAGCCCACGCUGUCUCUACACCCGCCCUGGACCACCAUCUUCAAGGGGGAGCGGGUGACCCUGCGCUGCGAUGGGGACCGCCCGCUGGUGCUGGAGCUGCGGCCCGUCAGCACCCUGUGGUACCUGGGCCACCUGCUGCUGCCCUCGCACAGGGCGAGCAUCGAGGUCCAGGCCCCAGGGGCAUAUCGCUGCCAGACUCGGGGAGCGCCCGUCAGUGACCCUGUCCACCUCUCCGUGUCCACCGACUGGCUGAUCCUGCAAGUGCCCUUCGCGGCGGUGUUCGAGGGCGAGCCGCUGGUGCUGCGCUGCCGCGGCUGGUACGACAAGGCGGUCUACAAGCUGCACUACUACCGCGACGGGCGCGCCGUGCGCUUCUUCGCCUCCAGCGCCAACUACACCGUGCCGCAGGCGCGCGCCGGCGACAGCGGGCGCUACCAGUGCUCGGGCACCAUGCGCAUCCCGGUGGAGAGCGCGCCCAUGUUCUCCGCCAAGGUGGCCGUGACCGUGCAAGGUGGGCGAGCCCUGGGGAGCUGUGGGUCAGGGGCCGGGCGCGGAAAGGAGGGGAGGGUUUCUCUGCCAGACCGCCUGUGCCCCCUCCUCUCCUGCUCCGCAGCGAGGGCGCACCUGACCUGCUGCCUGCGGGGGGCGGGGGCGGGUGUCUCCCUACUCCCCCCCAUCCGCUUCUUACGUCCCCGCGGGCAGAGCCGCCCCCGUCUGCGCCCCCCUCGAGCCCCUGGAGCAACCCGCGACGCCCCCACCGCCGCCGCCCACCCGCAGGCCGCAGCCUGGGCGCCCGGGAACAAGCCGCCUUCCUCCCGGAAGCCCCUGGGGUCCGCGUCGGGCCCGGAGGCCACUUCCAUCCCUGACGCCACCUCAGCGGGGCCACAGGUCCCCGCGGGCAGAGCCGCCCCCGUCUGCGCCCCCCUCGAGCCCCUGGAGCAACCCGCGGGCGCCCCGGGACCCGACGUGGACCAGCUGCUCCGCGAAAUGCGGCUGCUGCGAGGCCUCCUGAGCCGGGCGGUCCUGGAGCUGCAGGGCGCGCAGGCCUCGCCGGGGCGCAGGGCGACGCCCGAGCUCCCCGCCCCGCGCUCAGCUGGGACCCCAGGCACCCCGGGCACCCCGGAGACCUCCCCCGCGCAGAGCUGAGCGGAGGCCACUGCGCCCUCUCCAGGUCCGUCCGUUCCUGUCUGUCCUUCCCGGCCCCCUGAGACGCGACUAGGCCACCUGUUCGCGGCCCCUUGUUUUGCUGUGGUUUUUCAGAAGCACAUAAGGUGCGGUGGCUGAGGCUGUUUCUACCGCGUGCCCGAGCAGCCUGCGACCACAGAGGCGGGCGGUCUCCCGCGGUCCUUCCCCUGCGGCAUCCAGGGAGGACGGGGAAGCCGGGUGUCCAUCAUGGUGUCCGCUGGGCGGCGGCUUCGGUCGCCUGGGCUUUUCCCGCAGCUCGCUCAGCAGGUACCUCUGCGCAGGCCAUGGGCCUCCAGAGCACUGAGGACAUUGAGCCUCUGGGAUGUUUUAGGUGCAAGUUGUACU